AUACGUCAACUCGUUAAGAGAGGCGGUUCUGUAGUUGUAACACCUCCAUCUCAAUCAGGAACUCCAAGUGGCAGUAGGUUUGAGUUGUUGGGAACGUGUCUAGAGUUUGGAAGGUGAAGAUGGCAUCAACACCAGAAGAGAAUGACGAUAAUAAGCUAAGGUCUGUCUCUGUGGAUCUGAAUCAUGACCCCUCUCUUAUGAUUGACAUUCCUGAUGCCUUGAGUGAAAGAGAGAAAGUAAAAUUCACCGUGCACACCAAGGUAAAACUUCCAGUGUUUUGCAACCCCCAAUUUGCUGUAGCUAUGAAGCAUAACUGUUUAAUAUGGUUGCAUCAAUCUUUGAUCUAAAAUGAGGAUUAUUGCGGUAUACUUAUACCACCAGCACCUCCCAAGCCAGAUUUUGAAUCUCCAAGAGACAAAAUGCAGAAGUUGGGUGAAGGGGAAAGUUCUAUGACAAAAGAAGAAUUUGCCAAAAUGAAACAAGAACUUGAAGCGGAGUAUCUGGCCGUUUUUAAGAAAACUGUGGCAAUGCAUGAAGUAUUUCUUCAGCGGCUUGCUUCCCAUCCUAUCCUCAACAAGAAUCGCAACUUCCAAAUUUUCUUGGAAUAUGACCAGGAUCUGAGCGUUCGAAGGAAAAAUACAAAGGAGAUGUUUGGAGGCUUUUUUAAAAGUAUGGUAAAAACUGCUGAUGAAGUGCUUCUUUCGGGAGUUAAGGAUGUGGAUGAAUUUUUUGAGCAAGAGAAGACAUUCCUGAUAGAUUACUUGAACAGAAUCAAAGAUUCCACUGCUAAAGCAGAUAAAAUGACACGAUCUAAUAAAAAUGUUGCUGAAGAUUACAUUCACAUUUCAGCUUGUUUUAGCAGUCUGUCUGCUGAUGAAACUUCUGCACUUAGCAAAUACCUGUUGAAGCUUUCUGAACUGUUCGAAAAGCUCAGGAAAAUAGAUGGUAGAGUUGCUUCUGAUGAAGAUUUGAAGUUGUCUGAGCUGCUGCGAUACUACAUGCGAGAUCUGCAGGCAGGAAAGGAUCUUUUAUACAGACGAGCACGAGCACUUGUUGAUUUUGAAAAUUCAAAUAAGGCUCUGGACAAAGCCAGGCUAAAAAGUAAAGAUGUGAAGCAAGCAGAAAUACAGCAGCAAGUUAGCUGUCAAAAAUUUGAGAAAAUAUCAGAGUCUGCCAAACAAGAACUUACAUCUUUCAAAGGAAGAAGAGUAGCUGCAUUUCGUAAAAAUUUCAUUGAAAUGACUGAACUUGAAAUUAAACAUGCUAAGAACAAGCUCUCUCUCCUGCAAAGCUGCAUUGAAAUAAUGAAGAAAUAGCAAGACGGGCAUUUGUAUGAAGAUUCAAUAUUAUUUGCACUUGAAGCAGCAAUUCCAAGUGGCCUCCUAGCUGCGAUUAAAUCUAAUUCAGGAUACAGAGAACCAGUCUUACAUUUUGUCGCUAUAUGGCUGGACCAACACAUCAUGAAACAAACUAUUUUUAAUACUUGGUUUAAUGGGACUAACUCGCUGAUGUGGUAUAGGUUAUGAAUGUAUAUAUACAGAAUUUAACUUUCUAUGUGAUGCUAUACUUUUGUGCUGGUGGCAGUGUGGUUUAUGGGUUUUGGGCCAUAGUUUACAUAUGCCUGAUUGGCAAAAAGGAAAGAAAACUUUUAACUGUAAAUUAUUUUCUUACACUGCAUGACUCAUAAAAGUAUUUUGUGGUAGUGGUAAAUAAUUUUGUCCUUCAUUUCAGGUAUCCUUGCCUUCAAACUACAGCUCUUGCCAUUGCUGAGCAUUUAUUUUCUGCUAGAAUUAACCCUCCACCCUACUUUUCCAUUGCAAACACUUAGACACACAUUCGCUAGGUCUUUUCAUUUCACAAUAAUAUAGAUAGUAUGCAAGUUAGUUUUAAUGGUCAUAUACGUACAAUAAUAUCUGCAUUACAGAAAAAAUAUAUAAAAAGUCUACAUUUUUGUAGUCCGUACCAGCAGGCAGUUGUGUACUGUCUCCUAUAAAAAUUCAGAUGCACAUCCUUUUUAGAAUGUUAGCAUUGAAAGACUUCCAAUUUUCCUUUGAAUUAAAAAAUUAUUCUUUUACUUGCUUCUUUACAUCUUCACAAACUGUGAUGCGAAAAUCCAGUAGUUCUGUCCACUGCAAACCAUGUUUGUAUAUGGUAAUGCUUUACCGACAGCUGGUGUGAAUUUCCCUCAUAAUCAAAUAGACAGCUGUUAAGUAAACUGCAUUGCUAAUGCAGAAGCAACCAUGGUUUAUUACUGUUAUGCACUAACAUCAUAAUGUAAUUGCAUGAUGGAGAUGCAUUCAUUUUCCAUCUCUUACAUCUUGUGUUGGAGAAAGAUUUAGGAGGUACUGUAUGUGCAUCCAGAUGUGUAUGUACAAUGCUUGGACUGUACAAUUGACAAGUGCAGUUGCUGCCACUUUCUCAGUUUUAGUUAAUCAGAGGCUGUUGUAUAAAGAAGUGCAGGUCUAUACUGAUGUAUAUAUAUAUAUACCUCUGCAGAUAGACACAAGAUUAGAUGAGUGCAGUUAUUCACUAUACACAGCUUUCUUUUUGUUCAGUGCUUCCAGUCCAUCCAUCCAUUCAUCCUAAAACCCUUUUCCCAUUGCCUCUCGAAAAUGUUUCAUUUGGGGUGUAUAAACACAAGAAAGGUGUCAUGAAUUAUGUGGCCCUGUUGAUUUUCUCAUUUCAAACUUUAAUUACUUUUUUUUUUUAAUUGUAGGACUAUAUAGAAGAUGGUGGCUAUGAUUUCUUGCUUCCAUAGUUGCACUGAUUUGUGUUUCACUGCACCUAUCUAAGCUCAUUCCAUUGUGUAGUUAAGAAUGUGUUAUGCCUUCACUGAUUGUUACAUCUAAUCAACAGUCACAUUUUUAAAUAUCAGCUGGAUACCAUUUGUGUAAGUGCCAUUUUUAAUGCGUACAUUAUGCAGGACUGUGUAUUGCUACUGUCAUUACCACGUAUUGUCUUUAUGUCCUAAUAGUGUGCUUACAGGGUCACAUUGCUUUUAGUUUCAUUUCAUAAGCCCAGUAUCAGCCACAAAAAUGCUGAUUUCCCAAGGUGCGGACAGUGUAGAAAUGAAAUGCAUCAUGAAAGCAAAACAACAGUCCACUUUUGCCAGCUUUAAAGAUCAUGUUUAAAGGCCCUAAACAACCUUUUGCUUUUGUAUAAAAAAGUGUUCGUAUGAAUCUUUAUGGAUGUGAACACUUUUUCAUACAAAAGUAAAAGGUUGUUUCACACCCAUUUACAAAUAAUUGCUUCAGAACGCUCAAGACUAAAUACACUGAGACGUGUUUGUCAUUUAUAUUCAUGGGUUCCAUGAUGCGUUUAUAUCACCUUGGGUUCCAGCUCUAAUUAUGCUGGAUUUGUGUAGGAUAAGAUAAGUAAAGUUGUUGUGUAACAGCAAAGCUGUUAAAAAUAGUUUGGCAAAAAAAAAAAAACAAUCCAUUAAUUUUUUGCGAGUAAAAAAAAAAGGUAAAGGAAGGUUGACUUUGUGCCUUUAAACAAGCUCUUUAAAAUGUCCCUUGAUACUAACAGCCUCAAUGAUAUAGCUUCAGUUUCCAGGAGAAAAGAAUUUGCAGCAUUACAUCAGUAGAUUGGGCAAAAAGCAAGCUGAACAGUCUGUGCUGGUUGAUCUGCCUUCAGCAGUCUUUAGGAUGAGUGCUUGUGUGUGUAAAAGUUAUAGAAGUCAGGCUUCAUAUGUGUAUAAGGGACAUAGCAGUGAGAAUUGGCCUUUUGCAUUGCAUGUCAAAAAGUGCAGGUGCAAAUGUAUUCAGUACUAUUGCACAUUCAGACUUCUUUCCAGUGUGGUAUUUUCUGUAAAUUAGAUUAAAGAGUAACAGAACUGACUUACAGAAAGCAGAAUGUUUGUUGUCCUGUGGUUUAAUGGAUUGUAAUGUGUUAUGAGAUAGUAGCAUGUGAGUUACUAUGUUUGGUAAUAAGUUUUACAUGUAUGUAAUUUGGGGGAUGUUUCCCUAGAAUUAUAUUCUAUCUUAAAUGAUUUUGUAUUUAAAUUUAGUAUCCUUGCAUAUUUGCCAGAAUAUUACAGGUAAUUGCAGAAGUGUGCAUCAGGGAACAUUUCAUACUACUGCAUCAUGGGAAUUCUGAUUUUCUUUUCACAAUAACACAUUGAUUCAUUACAAUGAAGCCGAAGUAAAAUGUCCUAUUCUGAUGAUCUAGUCAAAAUGUUUACGUAUUUACAUCAGUAAUAGAAGCAUACUUGAAAUUUCUUUUAGAAAAUAUAUUUUCAGUAACAUGGAAUACAUUGACUUGCUGGACCUUUUCUAAUGUAAAAUAAAGACCCAGUUUUGUUUCACUCCCAAGUAACCAAACUGCCCCAAAGUUUGCUUGUAAGAAUGUGCUGAAGUUUUAAGAAGCACCUUUCAUCUCUAUGUGGGGUUUUCCACAACAACUGGGCUUCCAGAGGACCUUUGAAAAGAGAAACAAAAUGUAGAUUUCCUGAUUAUCUCUUUCUGAACACAGAGUUGAGGAUUUUUUUUAUCCCUAAUAGGAAGAUAAUACAAGUUAUUGAUAUACCUUCCAAGAAAGACCUUGUAUGCAGUUUAAUUUCAUAUGUAUUUGUUACAUUUUAAUGAUAUGUAAUGUUAAAAGAAGUGUAGAAAUUGAAAUUGAUUGCUUCUAAAUUAUGUGUAUAAUGAAAAUAUAAAACCUGAAUUUCCAUUAAAUCCAAGGCAUGGCUAUGAAGUCUUGCUGUAAAUUGAGGGUGGUACAUGAUAAGCUUAUACAAUUAAAUGUGAUUUAUUGUAAUAAACCAAAACCUUGGAAUUCUUACUUUA